AAGCAAGGACAGCCUUUUAGGCAAAUCUCACCUGUCAUUUCCUCCACAUAUCUCCUCUUUCUCUCUUUGGGGAGAAUGCUUGGAGGGGAGAAAGAUAAUAAGGCUUUGACCCCCAAACUUCUCUCUUUCUUUUGCACUUCUAACCAACUCAUCUCUGAUCUCUUCAUCAUCUAAUCUAAUUCUUUCUCGCCAAUUUUUGUUGAGUUAGAUGAGGAAGCUUUGUCCAAAUGCUGAUAAGGAAGAUGGCCUUGAGACAGUUCUCGAGAUCCCGAUACCAGAAGAGAUGUUCACAGGCAUGGGCAGCAACAUUCAACUGCGUUUGCAAAACAUGGCAGCAUGGAUGAAGGCCCAAACUUCAGAUAAGUGGUCGCAGCCGGCCAUUGCUGGACGUAUCAACGAGCUACGCUUUCUUCUUUAUCUUGUGGGUUCUCCUCUUAUCCCUCUUCAGGUGCAGCUUGGCCACUCUGUUUACAAGACGGUGAAAGAUAGUUCCAUUCAAGCUUCAACAGCAAAAUAUAUUGUGCAACAGUACUUAGCAGCCACAGGGGGCAUGCAGGCGGUGAAUGCAGUGAACAGCAUGUGUGUCACAGGUCAGGUGAAAAUUACAGCAUCAGAAUUUCACCAAACUGACAACAACACUGAUGUGAAGAGCAGCGAGGAAACAGGCGGCUUUGUUCUGUGGCAAAAGGAUCCAGAUUUAUGGAGCUUAGAGAUGGUGAUAUCAGGUUGCAAAGUCAUCUGUGGAAGCAAUGGGCAGCUUUCAUGGAGGCAUUCCUCUAAUCAACAAACACCUGCCUCAAAGGGUCCUCCAAGACCCUUGCGCCGUUUUCUACAGGGAUUGGAUCCAAGGUCUACGGCCAAUUUAUUUAUAGACGCAACAUGCAUAGGAGAGAAAAUUAUAGGUGGAGAGGACUGUUUUAUACUCAAGCUGGAGACAAGUCCAGCUAUUCGUGAGGCACAAAGCGGACCAAACUUUGAGAUAAUCCACCAUACCAUAUGGGGUUACUUCAGCCAGAGGUCUGGUUUACUGGUUCAGUUUGAGGACUCAAGGUUGUUGAGGAUGAGAACCAAAGAUGAUGAUGAUGUCUUCUGGGAGACUAGCUCGGAAUCAGUGAUGGAAGAUUACAAGUAUGUUGAUGGAGUUAAUGUUGCACAUAGUGGUAAGACUCGCGUAACAGUUUUUAGAUAUGGAGAGCAAUCUGCAAACCACAAGAGGCAGAUGGAAGAGAAAUGGAAGAUUGAAGAUGCAGAUUUUAACGUAUGGGGUUUGUCAAAGGAUCACUUUCUGCCACCUUCCGACCUGAAAAAAGAUUGAAAUAGAUUAGAGCAGAGGAUGAUAGUAUUUGCAAUUUUUUUAUUUUUCUACAAGAACACCAAAAGAAUGUGUAAAUAUUAAAGAAUCUUUGGUGAAACAUUCUGAUUAAGCUGCAGUAUUGUACUGAUCUUAAUCUGCCCUUAAUUAAUCCAUUUUUAUAAU